AGCAAAUCUGCUUUCUCAUACUCUCACGAGCGAUAUCCGGACCCUCGUGCGAGGAGCGAAAUCAGGUUAAAGUCUUCCUCGUAAAGUAAGAUGAAGCUCUUUACGUCCAGCACAUCUGAGCAACAGCUCGAGUCCCUCAGGUCGCAGAAAUGCGAGGUCAAGUGCGAGGCGGAGCAUGUCGUACCCAAGCCUGGUUGUGCUCGGGUGGACCCUUGCCGUGUUGAAGGCCCACAGGACACGCAGAAGAUCUCCCAAAAGAUCAUUGAGGGCAAGACUCCUACUCCUACUGAGGUCAUCAACUACUUCAACGCUGAGUUGAAGAAGCGCAUUUGCUUCUUGGAUGGUGGCAUGGGUACACGAAUCCAGGCUGAGAGGUUGGAGGAACCAGAUUACCGCGGCGACAGGUUCAAGGAUUUCAAUGAGAAGGAUGCCAACGGUGUUCCAGUGUCCUUGAAGGGCAACAAUGAUUUGUUGAUUUUCACCAAGCCUGACAUGGUGAAGGACAUCCACAAGGAGUACUUCGCAGCAGGCUCUGACAUUUGCGAGACCAACACUUUCAAUGGCACCACUGUGUCUCAGGGUGAGUACAAGAUGCAGGCCAUCGUCCAUGAGAUGAACAAGGUUGGAGCAGAGCUCGCCAAGAAGGCAGCAGCAGAGGUGACCAAGGAGGAGCCUCACAAGCCCCGCUUCGUGGCAGGAGCUGUUGGUCCUACAAGCCGCACUUUGUCUGUUUCCCCCAGUGUCGAGGAUCCCUCCUUCCGCAACGUCACGUGGGAUGAGCUGGUGGCUGCAUACAAGGAGCAGGUCAGUGGCCUUGUGGACGGUGGUGUCGACAUGUUGAUGAUCGAGACCGUCUUCGACACCCAGAACUGCAAGGCCGCCAUUUUUGCCGUGGAUGAAUAUUUCAGGGAGACCAAGAAGGAGAAGCUCCCAGUGAUGCUCAGUGCCACCAUUGUGGACAACAGCGGCCGCACCCUGUCGGGUCAGACCAUUGAGGCCUUCUACGUGAGUGUGAAGCAUUGCAACCCGUUCACCGUUGGCAUCAAUUGCGCCCUGGGUGCUGCGCAGAUGAAGGGCUUCUACAAGAAGCUUGCUGACAUGAACACCGGCUGGUGCCAUGUGUACCCCAAUGCUGGCCUGCCAAAUGCCAUGGGUGGCUAUGAUGAGGAUCCGGAGAUUUUCUCCACCAACAUCUUGGACUAUGCCAAGGAUGGCUUGCUCAACUUUGUGGGUGGAUGCUGCGGCACUUUCCCAUCCCACAUCGCAGCUGUGUGCAAGAAGGUCGAGAAGUGCCCGGUCCGCAAGCUGCCUGAAUUGCCCAAGUAUCCCACCAUGAUGCUCUCUGGUCUCGAGCCAUGCAGUGUCACUGACGAGACAGGCUUCCAAUGGGUCGGAGAACGCUGCAACCUCAUGGGCUCCGCCAAGUUCAAGAAGUUGGUAGAUGCUUACAAGUGGGAUGAGGCAAUGGAGGUUUGCAUUGCUCAGUGCGAGAAGAAGGCUGACAUUUUGGACUUCAACUUCGAUUCCGACCUCAUCGACGGCCAGACUGCAAUGAGCAAGUUCAUGAAGCUUUGUGUCACAGAGCCCACUGUGGCCAAGUUGCCUUUCAUGAUUGACUCGUCAAAGUGGCAUGUCGUGGAGGAAGGCUUGAAGUGCGUGCAGGGCAAAUGCAUCGUCAACUCCAUCUCGCUCAAGCCAGGUGAGGAGGAGUUCAUCAAGCAUGCCGACUUGUGCAUGCGUUACGGUGCGGCCGUCGUUGUCAUGGCGUUCGACGAGAAGGGCCAGGCUGCAACUUAUGAAGACAAGGUCAGGAUCUGCCAGCGCAGCUACAGGGUCCUCAGGGAGAACUUGGAUUUCCCUCCAGAGGACAUCAUCUUCGACUGCAACGUGCUGACCAUUGCCACUGGCUUGCCAGAGCACAACUCCUAUGCUCUUGACUUCAUCAAUGCAGUUGCAGAAAUCAAGCGCACUUGCCCUUGCGUGUCCUUCUCGGGCGGCUUGAGCAACUUGUCCUUCUCUUUCCGUGGUCUCAACUCCCUGCGAGAUGCAAUGCACACGGUGUUCCUGCAUCACGCGGUCCCCAAAGGUUUGAACAUGUCCAUCGUCAAUCCUGGUGGACUGCCUCGCUAUGAGGACAUUGAGGCCAAAACCCGCAAGCUGGCGGAGGAAGUGAUUCUGAACAAGUCCGAUGAUGGCAACCACGUGGAACGAUUCUUGGAGUUCGCGGAGAAGGUGAAGAAUCCUCCUGCCCCAGCCCCUGCAGGACCAACUCUGAAGAUUGAGAAGUCAACUGCAGAGCAGCAGGCUACGUUCUUGAGGUCUUUGAAGGAGACUGUCACAUGCGAGGCUGAACACAUCAAACCCAAGCCUGGUUGUGCUCGGGUGGACCCUUGCCGUGUUGAAGGCCCACAGGACACGCAGAAGAUCUCCCAAAAGAUCAUUGAGGGCAAGACUCCUACUCCUACUGAGGUCAUCAACUACUUCAACGCUGAGUUGAAGAAGCGCAUUUGCUUCUUGGAUGGUGGCAUGGGUACACGAAUCCAGGCUGAGAGGUUGGAGGAACCAGAUUACCGCGGCGACAGGUUCAAGGAUUUCAAUGAGAAGGAUGCCAACGGUGUUCCAGUGUCCUUGAAGGGCAACAAUGAUUUGUUGAUUUUCACCAAGCCUGACAUGGUGAAGGACAUCCACAAGGAGUACUUCGCAGCAGGCUCUGACAUUUGCGAGACCAACACUUUCAAUGGCACCUCUGUGUCUCAGGGUGAGUACAAGAUGCAGGCCAUCGUCCAUGAGAUGAACAAGGUUGGAGCAGAGCUCGCCAAGAAGGCAGCAGCAGAGGUGACCAAGGAGGAGCCUCACAAGCCCCGCUUCGUGGCAGGAGCUGUUGGUCCUACAAGCCGCACUUUGUCUGUUUCCCCCAGCGUUGAGGAUCCCUCCUUCCGCAACGUCACGUGGGAUGAGCUGGUGGCUGCAUACAAGGAGCAGGUCAGUGGCCUUGUGGACGGUGGUGUCGACAUGUUGAUGAUCGAGACCGUCUUCGACACCCAGAACUGCAAGGCCGCCAUUUUUGCCGUGGAUGAAUAUUUCAGGGAGACCAAGAAGGAGAAGCUCCCAGUGAUGCUCAGUGCCACCAUUGUGGACAACAGCGGCCGCACCCUGUCGGGUCAGACCAUUGAGGCCUUCUACGUGAGUGUGAAGCAUUGCAACCCGUUCACCGUUGGCAUCAAUUGCGCCCUGGGUGCUGCGCAGAUGAAGGGCUUCUACAAGAAGCUUGCCGACAUGAACACCGGCUGGUGCCAUGUGUACCCCAAUGCUGGCCUGCCAAAUGCCAUGGGUGGCUAUGAUGAGGAUCCGGAGAUUUUCUCCACCAACAUCUUGGACUAUGCCAAGGAUGGCUUGCUCAACUUUGUGGGUGGAUGCUGCGGCACUUUCCCAUCCCACAUCGCAGCUGUGUGCAAGAAGGUCGAGAAGUGCCCGGUCCGCAAGCUGCCUGAAUUGCCCAAGUACCCCACCAUGAUGCUCUCUGGUCUCGAGCCAUGCAGUGUGAACAAAGAGACAGGCUUCCAAUGGGUUGGAGAACGCUGCAACCUCAUGGGCUCCGCCAAGUUCAAGAAGUUGGUAGAUGCUUACAAGUGGGAUGAGGCAAUGGAGGUUUGCAUUGCUCAGUGCGAGAAGAAGGCCGACAUUUUGGACUUCAACUUCGAUUCCGACCUCAUCGAUGGUCAGUCUGCAAUGAGCAAGUUCAUGAAGCUUUGCGUCACUGAGCCCACUGUGGCCAAGUUGCCUUUCAUGAUUGACUCGUCAAAGUGGCAUGUCGUGGAGGAAGGCUUGAAGUGCGUGCAGGGCAAAUGCAUCGUCAACUCCAUCUCGCUCAAGCCAGGUGAGGAGGAGUUCAUCAAGCAUGCCGACUUGUGCAUGCGUUACGGUGCGGCCGUCGUUGUCAUGGCGUUCGACGAGAAGGGCCAGGCUGCAACUUUUGAAGACAAGGUCAGGAUCUGCCAGCGCAGCUACAGGGUCCUCAGGGAGAAGUUGGAUUUCCCUCCAGAGGACAUCAUCUUCGACUGCAACGUGCUGACCAUUGCCACUGGCUUGCCAGAGCACAACUCCUAUGCUCUUGACUUCAUCAAUGCAGUUGAAGAAAUCAAGCGCACUUGCCCUUGCGUUUCCUUCUCGGGCGGCUUGAGCAACUUGUCCUUCUCUUUCCGUGGUCUCAACUCCCUGCGAGAUGCCAUGCACAGCAUCUUCCUGUACCAUGCUGUUCCCAAGGGCCUCAACAUGUCCAUCGUCAACCCUGGUGCCUUGCCUCGCUAUGAGGACAUCGAUGCCAACACUCGCAAACUGGCUGAGGAGGUGAUUCUGAACAAGUCCGAUGAUGGCAACCACGUGGAGCGAUUCUUGGAGUUCGCGGAGAAGGUGAAGAAUCCUCCUGCCCCAGCCCCUGCAGGACCAACUCUGAAGAUUGAGAAGUCAACCGCAGAGCAGCAGGCUACGUUCUUGAGGUCUUUGAAGGAGACUGUCACAUGCGAGGCUGAACACAUCAAACCCAAGCCUGGUUGUGCUCGGGUGGACCCUUGCCGUGUUGAAGGCCCACAGGACACGCAGAAGAUCUCCCAAAAGAUCAUUGAGGGCAAGACUCCUACUCCUACUGAGGUCAUCAACUACUUCAACGCUGAGUUGAAGAAGCGCAUUUGCUUCUUGGAUGGUGGCAUGGGUACACGAAUCCAGGCUGAGAGGUUGGAGGAACCAGAUUACCGCGGCGACAGGUUCAAGGAUUUCAAUGAGAAGGAUGCCAACGGUGUUCCAGUGUCCUUGAAGGGCAACAAUGAUUUGUUGAUUUUCACCAAGCCUGACAUGGUGAAGGACAUCCACAAGGAGUACUUCGCAGCAGGCUCUGACAUUUGCGAGACCAACACUUUCAAUGGCACCUCUGUGUCUCAGGGUGAGUACAAGAUGCAGGCCAUCGUCCAUGAGAUGAACAAGGUUGGAGCAGAGCUCGCCAAGAAGGCAGCAGCAGAGGUGACCAAGGAGGAGCCUCACAAGCCCCGCUUCGUGGCAGGAGCUGUUGGUCCUACAAGCCGCACUUUGUCUGUUUCCCCCAGCGUUGAGGAUCCCUCCUUCCGCAACGUCACGUGGGAUGAGCUGGUGGCUGCAUACAAGGAGCAGGUCAGUGGCCUUGUGGACGGUGGUGUCGACAUGUUGAUGAUCGAGACCGUCUUCGACACCCAGAACUGCAAGGCCGCCAUUUUUGCCGUGGAUGAAUAUUUCAGGGAGACCAAGAAGGAGAAGCUCCCAGUGAUGCUCAGUGCCACCAUUGUGGACAACAGCGGCCGCACCCUGUCGGGUCAGACCAUUGAGGCCUUCUACGUGAGUGUGAAGCAUUGCAACCCGUUCACCGUUGGCAUCAAUUGCGCCCUGGGUGCUGCGCAGAUGAAGGGCUUCUACAAGAAGCUUGCCGACAUGAACACCGGCUGGUGCCAUGUGUACCCCAAUGCUGGCCUGCCAAAUGCCAUGGGUGGCUAUGAUGAGGAUCCGGAGAUUUUCUCCACCAACAUCUUGGACUACGCCAAGGAUGGCCUGCUCAACUUUGUGGGUGGAUGCUGCGGCACUUUCCCAUCCCACAUCGCAGCUGUGUGCAAGAAGGUCGAGAAGUGCCCGGUCCGCAAGCUGCCUGAAUUGCCCAAGUACCCCACCAUGAUGCUCUCUGGUCUCGAGCCAUGCAGUGUGAACAAAGAGACAGGCUUCCAAUGGGUUGGAGAACGCUGCAACCUCAUGGGCUCCGCCAAGUUCAAGAAGUUGGUAGAUGCUUACAAGUGGGAUGAGGCAAUGGAGGUUUGCAUUGCUCAGUGCGAGAAGAAGGCCGACAUUUUGGACUUCAACUUCGAUUCCGACCUCAUCGAUGGUCAGUCUGCAAUGAGCAAGUUCAUGAAGCUUUGCGUCACUGAGCCCACUCUGGCCAAGUUGCCUUUCAUGAUUGACUCGUCAAAGUGGCAUGUCGUGGAGGAAGGCUUGAAGUGCGUGCAGGGCAAAUGCAUCGUCAACUCCAUCUCGCUCAAGCCAGGUGAGGAGGAGUUCAUCAAGCAUGCCGACUUGUGCAUGCGUUACGGUGCGGCCGUCGUUGUCAUGGCGUUCGACGAGAAGGGCCAGGCUGCAACUUUUGAAGACAAGGUCAGGAUCUGCCAGCGCAGCUACAGGGUCCUCAGGGAGAACUUGGAUUUCCCUCCAGAGGACAUCAUCUUCGACUGCAACGUGCUGACCAUUGCCACUGGCUUGCCAGAGCACAACUCCUAUGCUCUUGACUUCAUCAAUGCAGUUGAAGAAAUCAAGCGCACUUGCCCUUGCGUUUCCUUCUCGGGCGGCUUGAGCAACUUGUCCUUCUCUUUCCGUGGUCUCAACUCCCUGCGAGAUGCCAUGCACAGCAUCUUCCUGUACCAUGCUGUUCCCAAGGGCCUCAACAUGUCCAUCGUCAACCCUGGAGGAUUGCCCCGCUACAACGACAUCGAUGCCCACACCCGCAAGCUGGCUGAGGAGGUGAUCCUCAACAAAUCCGCAGAUGGCAAGCAUGUCGAGCGCUUUUUGGAGUACGCAGAGGCAGUUCGCAAGCCUGCAGCCCCUGCCGGCGGCGCUGCUGGUGGUGGUGAGAAGGCCAAGGAUGCUUGGCGCUCGGGCACCUUCACUGAGCGACUCCACUACGGGCUCAUCAACGGCAUCGACAAGUUCAUUGAGGGCGAUACCGAGGAGGCCAGAAAGGAGCUGCAGGUUCCUCUGCACGUCAUUGAGGGACCAUUGAUGCAAGGAAUGGGCAUCAUCGGAGAUCUCUUCGGUGCUGGUAAGAUGUUCUUGCCGCAGGUCAUCAAGAGCGCGCGCGUGAUGAAGAAGGCUGUCGCAUACCUGACUCCUUUCAUGGAGGAAGAACGUCGCGCUCAAGCCAUUGCCGCUGGUGAAGAUCCCAACCAGCCCAAGUACAACGGCGUGGUGCUGAUGGCCACCGUGAAGGGUGACGUGCACGACAUCGGUAAGAACAUUGUUGGCGUGGUGCUGGGUUGCAACAACUACAAGGUGAUCGACAUGGGCGUCAUGGUGCCAUGUGACAACAUCUUGGACAAAGCCAUCGAGGAGAAGGUGGACGUGAUCGGUCUCUCCGGGCUGAUCACUCCAUCUUUGGACGAGAUGCAGUAUGUUGCUGAACAGAUGAAGGCUCGAAACAUGAAGGUGCCUUUGAUGAUUGGCGGUGCCACGACCUCCAAGCGCCACACUGCUGUGAAGUUGGCCACCAAGUAUGACAAGGGCGUCAUCCACGUCUUGGAUGCAAGCCGAAGCUGCACGGUGGUGAGUGCCUUGUUGUCGCACGACAAGCAGACCUACCUCAGCGAGAUCACUGAGGAGUACACCGAGAUCAGGGAGGAGUACUACGCAACUUUGAUCGACAAGAAGUGGAAGAGCAUCACGGAGGCACAGGCCAAAAAGCCUUCCCUGGACUGGAGCAAGCUGCCACCCAAGCCGAACUUCGUGGGAAAUCUGGCCAUCAAGGAUCAUCCUAUCGAGGAGGUCAUGGAGUACAUCGACUGGACUCCAUUCUUCCAGGUCUACCAGCUGCGUGGGAAGUACCCCAACCGUGACUAUCCUCACAUCUUCAAGGAUGCUCGCGUGGGUCCAGAGGCCGAGAAGCUCUUUGCGGAAGCCAAGGAGAUGUUGGCCUGGAUCGUGAAGGAGGGCCACCUCAAGUGCUCAGGUGUGGUCGGUAUCCAUCCUGCCAACAGCAACGGUGAUGAUAUUGAGGUCUACACCGACGAGAGCCGCAAAGAGGUGAAGUGCAAGUUCUAUGGCCUGCGACAGCAGCUGGACAUGGGCGAAUCCACCUACUGGUGCCAGGGCGAUUUCAUCGCUCCUAAGGAUGUGGCUCCUGACUACAUCGCCGCCUUCGCGGCCACCGGUGGCAUCGGCUGCCACGAGCAGCGACAGAAGUUCGAAGCCAAGGGCGAGAUCGACAAGGCUAUCCUGUUGGAGGCUGUGGCAGAUCGCCUGGCAGAGGCCUUCUCCGAGCUGAUCCACUUGAAGAUCCGAAAGAGCUUGUGGGGCUAUUCGCCGGAGGAGAACAUCUCCUUGGAGGACAUGCUGAAGGUGAAGUACCAAGGCAUUCGCCCAGCUCCGGGCUACCCUUCGCAGCCUGACCACCGUGAGAAGAAGACCCUGUGGGACCUUUUGGAGGUCGGCAGAUUGACGGACGACAAGCUCGAGCUGACGGAAUCCUACAUGAUGAUGCCAAGCGCAUCGGUGUCUGCCCUGGUGUUUGCGCACCCAGAGGCCAAGUACUUCUCAGUUGGCCAAGUGAACAUGGAUCAGGUGAAGACCUACGCUGAGCGACGUGGCGAGACUGGCGUGGAGGACACAGAGCGUUGGCUGGGAUCCACCGUCUUGGGCUACGAGAAGCGAUGAGCCCGAUGA